AUGACAUUCACCGAACGAACCACGAGGUGCCUGGGCAUCAUCGCCCUUGUCCUCGUAUCAUGGUCGACGCUGGCCCAAGCCGCACCCGAGCCCGAUUUCCUUCUGCCUCGACAAUUGACGCAGACGCUUUGUUCUAGCCAAAAUACGGCUUCCAUGAGCGCAAAUCUCAGUAUAUGGCAAACCAACGGACUGUGCCAGGACUUCUGCACCGCCAAAAACUACGCCUUUGCCAUUGUGCAAUGGCAGUCUUGUUGGUGUUCAGAUGUUGCCCCAGCAGCCUCGACCGAAGCGGAAGUUAGCGACAAAUGUAACGAUAUCUGUCCCGGCUACGAUAUUGAGCACUGCGGCUCGAGACCCAACUACUACGGUUAUCUGGCCCUUGCCAAGAACCCUACCAGCACCGCGGGCAGCGGAGGCGACAGCACGUCGUCCCAAGCACCCUCUACAACAGCAGAUGUUCAAACAUCGACAUCAAGCAGGCCUAGAACGACUGUCCAGACGGUAACCGCCGAUGGAACCGUACGAACUGUCACCGUCACGCCGACUGCUACUGGAACCGAUGGAGCAACGGGCGCCUCAGAAUUGAGCCCCUCCAGCCAAUCGUCAUCAAAUGGACCGAGCACGGGUACCGUGGUGGGAAUCGUAGUGGGUGUUAUUGGCGCUGUUGUGGCCCUAGCAGGUCUAGGACUCUUCUUGUUCUUCAGACGACGGAAACAACGCCAGAACGAGAACGACAAGUACGAUGAGCCCAGCCAUCGGGGCAGUUCAGCUGGUAUGACCGGAUCGCCACGCAACCCUGAAAUGGUUGUCAACGUGGAUGGAGGACGAUGGGACCCCGACGCAACCAGCGAACAACGGAGAAGCCGACUGCUCGCGCACGACCCUCGCCUAGAUCCUCUCCCGAGGGGCUUGUACGUACGUAACAAGAGCGCCGAGAGCAUCAACACCCUACGCGACGACCAAGAUUAUUCCCGUAAGGUUCAUCAGCCGGUCCUGCGGGCGACCAACCCGGACCCCGAAUGA